ACCUCAUUUUAAAUCCAACCCCCCCUUUACCCACUCUGCCUACCUCUCCAACUACAGUUCUCUCUCUCUCUCUCUCUCUUUCUCUCACUCACAAACUCACUCACUCUUGACUUGCAUUUCUUUCUCUUGCUCACAGUUUCUCACUCUCAUGGCCACUGAAGAAACCCCUAAUCCUCCUCCACCGCUUCAAUCUCAAACUCUUCCACCUUCAACUCUACCGCUUUAUCCUGAGAUGAUUAUGACAGCAGUGGAGGCGCUGAACAACGAGGCGAACAAAUCGGCUAUUUCGAAGCACAUAGAGACGGCCUACCCGAAUAUCCCGGCGACUCACUCGACUCUACUGUCGCACCACCUCAACAAGAUGAAGCAGAGCGGCCAGCUCGUUCUCGUCAAGAACAACUACAUGAAGCCGGACCCCAACGCGCCGCCGAAGCGCGGUCGUGGCCGUCCACCCAAGCCGAAGGCGCCGAUGUCUCCCGGCGCCGUGGCGUCUCCUCCUAGGCCCAGAGGCCGUCCGCCUAAGCCCAGAGACCCUUUUGCUCCGGUGCCUUCGCCUACUAAGAAAGCGGCGUCGUCCGGCUCCGGAAGGCCACGUGGCCGUCCUCCUAAGAAGGUCAAGACCGCGGCUUCUUCGGCUCCUGCUGUGGCUCCGACCGGCGGCUCGCCGAGAGGGAGAGGAAGGCCUCCUAAGGUCAAGCCGGCUGUCGCGCCAGUUGGGUGUUGAGUUCAGCUCGGCUCAGAGCUGACUAAAGACUGAAGAGAAGGAGAGAGAAUUUUUUUUCUUUUUUUAAUAUUAGUUUAGUCUCUGCUAAUUGAUGUUUUUUUUUUUCC